UGGAGCCGCCACGAGUUACGCACGCAUCAAGCUCAAAGCUUGUCCGGGGGGUCCCCGCCUACCAGAAGGGGGGCGGCGGGGCUCCACUCCCCGCGCGGCUCCAAUAAAAGGAAGCACGGGCUGCGCCGGCUCUCGCAUUCAGGCGGAACAGCCGAGGCGCUUUCCUCUCGGGAGCCGGGUGGCUGGGGCUUCGCCUCUGCAAGCGACUUCGGGGCGCGUAAGGAGCCGAGCUCUUCAGUAGCGUCCCUUCCCGGAGGGCUUCUGCAAGCAGCGAGCCAGCCGCUCGGGGUAUUCCUGACGAGAGACCGCAGCAUGAAACGGGCGGCAGCACGGCUGGCGCUGAGUGCCCUGCUCCUCUGCCUGGCCGCUCGGGGCAGCCCGCUGCUGGAGGAAGAACUGGUGGUGCCCGUCAGGCUGGACUCGCCCGGGCAGCAGCCGGCAGAGGAGCGGCUCUACCGCCUCGACGCCUUCGGCCAGCGUUUCACUUUGGAGCUGCAACCGGACAGCGGCUUUCUGGCGCCGGACUUGACGCUGCAGUACGUGGGCAGCCGCCCCCAAACAGGGGAGGAGGCAGAGGCGACCCAGCAGCUCGGAGACGCCGACUUGUCCGCUUGCUUCUACGCCGGCACGGUCAACCGGGAUCCGGUCUCUGCUGCUGCCCUCAACCUCUGCGGAGGGCUCCGCGGCGCUUUCUAUCUGCGCGGGACAGAGUACCUCAUCCAGCCGGCCAACGUUUCUCUGCCGCAAGGAGAAACCACGGUCCAGGUUCACGUCUUGCGGCGCCGGCUGCAGAGGACUCUCCGCCAGGGCGGUGGCACUAAGUGCGGGGUGGCGGACAACAGCUUCCCCCCGUUCGGAGACGUUCAGCAGCCACCACCCGUGUCGCGCGCAGGACAUGGAAAUACAAGGAAAAAAAGAUUUGUGUCAAGCCCUCGCUAUGUGGAAACCUUACUGGUAGCGGAUCAGUCUAUGGCAGAGUUUCAUGGCAGUGGCCUGAAGCACUAUCUCCUUACACUAAUGUCUGUGGCAGCCAAUUUAUACAAGCAUCCUAGCAUCCGGAACUCUAUCAGCCUGGUGGUGGUGAAAAUAAUGGUCAUCUAUGAUGAGCAGAAAGGACCUGAUGUAUCCUCAAAUGCUGCCCUCACCUUAAGAAAUUUCUGCAAUUGGCAAAAGCAGCACAAUCCUCCCAGUGACCGGCAUGCUGAGCACUAUGACACUGCCAUUCUUUUCACCAGACAGGAUCUGUGUGGUGCCAAGACAUGUGAUACACUUGGGAUGGCUGAUGUGGGAACAGUUUGCGAUCCAAACCGUAGUUGCUCUGUCAUAGAAGACGAUGGCUUGCAAGCUGCCUUUACAACCACUCAUGAGCUAGGCCAUGUAUUUAAUAUGCCCCAUGAUGAUGCAAAACAGUGUGCCAGUAUUAAUGGCAUAAGCAGGGAUUACCACAUGAUGGCAUCGAUGCUUUCCAAUUUGGAUCGAAGCGAGCCUUGGUCUCCAUGCAGUGCUUACAUGAUUACGACAUUUUUGGACAAUGGUCACGGUGAAUGUUUGCUGGACAAACCUCACAAGCCCAUACAGCUGCCUUCUGACCUCCCUGGAACAGUGUAUGAUGCCAAUAGGCAAUGUCAGUUCACAUUUGGAGAGGAAUCUAAACAUUGUCCUGAUGCCGCCAGCAUGUGUACAACAUUAUGGUGUACUGGCACCUCGGGAGGGCUGCUCGUAUGCCAAACCAAACAUUUUCCUUGGGCAGAUGGUACCAGCUGUGCAGAGGGGAAGUGGUGUGUUAAUGGCAAGUGUGUAAACAAGACAGACAAGAAGUAUGAUAGUCCUGUCCAUGGAGGCUGGGGACCCUGGGGACCAUGGGGAGAGUGUUCAAGGACAUGUGGCGGAGGAGUACAGUAUUCUGUGAGAGAAUGCGACAACCCAGUUCCAAAGAAUGGGGGGAAAUACUGUGAAGGGAAACGGGUGCAGUACAGAUCUUGUAACACUGAAGACUGUCCAGACAGCAAUGGCAAAACAUUCAGGGAGGAACAGUGUGAAACUCACAAUGAUAUUUCCAGAUCUCAUUUUGGAAGUGGUCCUGCAGUGGAAUGGACACCCAAGUUUGCUGGUGUUUCUCCCAAAGACAGAUGCAAGCUUGUCUGUCUUGCAAAAGGCACUGGCUAUUUCUUCGUUCUUCAGCCAAAGGUGAUAGAUGGAACAUUAUGUAGUCCAGAUACAACUUCAGUCUGUGUCCAAGGGCAGUGUGUAAAAGCUGGAUGUGAUCGCAUCAUUGGCUCCAGUAAGAAGUUUGAUAAAUGUGGUGUUUGUGGAGGCAAUGGAUCUACAUGCAAGAAAGUGUCUGGCAUGCUUUCUAGUUCCAGCCGUGGUUACCAUGAUGUUCUUGUGAUUCCUGCUGGUGCAACAAACAUAGAUGUUAAACAACGGAAUAACAGGGGUCCAAGACAAGAUGGCAGCUUCCUAGCUAUUAAAGCUGCUGAUGGCACUUAUAUUCUCAACGGUGACUAUACACUGUCAACAUUAGAACAAGACAUUACUCAUAAAGGCAAUGUUUUGAGGUACAGUGGUUCAUCAGCCUCUUUGGAAAGAAUCCGCAGCUUCAGUCCACUGAAGGAGCCUUUAACUAUACAAGUCCUUACUGUAGGUGAAUUGCCACACCCUAAAAUAAAGUAUACAUACUUUGUGAAGAAACCAAUACAGUCUGGGUCAGAGAAGAUUCCUAGUAAAAAGACUGAAUCUUUCAAUGCAAUCAAGGAAACAAUUUUAUCUGAAUGGGUUAUUGAAGAAUGGAGAGAAUGUUCAAAGUCAUGUGGAACUGGUUGGCAGAGGAGAUCUGUAGAAUGUAGAGACCUCAAUGGACAGCCGUCAGAAGACUGUGCAAGAGAACUAAAGCCAAGUGAUGUCCGGCCAUGUGCAGACACUCCAUGUCCACGGUGGCAGCUAGGAGACUGGUCGCCGUGUUCUAAAACAUGUGGAAAAGGUUUCAAGAAGAGAUCAUUAAAAUGUGUUUCGUUUGAUGGCAUCACAUUGUCACAUGAAAGCUGUGACCUUUUAAAGAAACCUAAACAUUUAAUAGACUUUUGCAAUGUUACAAAUUGCAGCUAAACCAUAACAAGUUGAGAAAGCUAAUGGUGUAAGUUUCGGAACAAAGCACUGAAAAGGAGGGUGAAAGGUAGUAAUUGUUUAAUUUUCAUGGCAAAAUUCACAAUGGAGAAUUUACUGAGAUGGGGCAAUGCAAAUAAUAUUGGCUAGGCUGGGAGGGAUUCUGUCAACUGAAAACCUGAUAAAACAGCAGACCUAAUGUCACUAGCUAUUUCAUCUUUAGCCGAUAAAGCCCCAAGGCAUUACAAUUUCCUCUUUCCAAGUCUGUUACUAGUUAAACAAAACAUAGGCAGUGGCCAAAGCAAGUUUAAACAAACAUUACAAUGUUUCAGUGAGUUUGUCUUUUUUUUUUUUAGUUCUGGAGUUGUGUUGCGGUACUGAUACAAAUAUUUUCCCUUAGUCAGCAUUGGGAAUGAAGAUGACCAUUUUUCUCUAAGCGUAAUUAUUGGUCAGGUCUUGCCUACCUCAAAAAAAAGCAAAAAACACCCUGAGUAUUUGAAAAAAAAACCCUUCAACUAUAUUGUUCAUGGCUGCUAUUAUUUUAGAGAAUAAUUUUAUAUAAACAGAAAGCCAUAUUCUCCACCUGUAAAUAGGCAAGUAUAAAAGUGGCUAUUUGUUAAAUAUGAUGAUUAGAAUGUAGUGCACUUUUAAAGUCUCUUUGAUUUUAUUGAGGUGAUUUCCUCCCUUGCAGUGAGCCUGCAGAUCUAUAAAUGUAAUAGUUCCAAUGAUGCAUACUAUUUUCCUUUUUGUGUCUGCAGUUCACACUCCCUUUGCUCCAGAGUACUUAAAAAGCAAAGUUAAUUUUAACUUGGGAAUAUAUAUUUGUUGUUUGAGUAAAUUGUAAUAGAGUUUCUUGGUGGAAAUGUAGUCCUAUCAUGCUGCCAUUUACGUUAAGGUGAUGGUCUGACCUCUUUAAGAUAACAGCCUACCUUUUACAGGCCAACAGUAACACAAUUACAUGUGAUUUGCUGCAAACAGAUAUAAUUCCAUCAUGAACAAGAAGUAAUACAUGGUGUGCAGGGUUUUGACUCUGCUCAAAUAACUUGUAAAACAGGGAAGACUAAGCUGAGGGAUAGCAGGUCCAUCCACAGCAAUAUCCAAUACAUGUGUAUUUAAAAGUUUGUGCCAGUCCAUAAACUCUGAGAAUAUGGCUCUUCAUAUAUAUAUAAUUAUAUAUAUAUAUAUAUAUAAUAUAGUAAAUAUAACUAUAGAUGAUACAUACUUUAUAAGUAUUUAUAUUCUCUUCCUUCUGUGAAGGGUUGUAAUUGGUAAUAAAUGAGUAUAUUGAACGUAUUUAUUUUUAUAUUUCUUGUCUAAUGUGAUCUUCUAAGUUAUCACUUUUUUAAAAGACAUAUAACAACAAUAGAGUAUUUAUGCAAUAUAAUAUGAUAUUAGAAAUAAUAAAUACCAUUAAUUUUGGAAA